AGGGACGGUCAACCGGCCGUUCGAUCCUCGGUCAACGUCCAACUCUGUGUCUGUGCAGUGUGCGGCAUCUUUCUGUUCUGUGCUUGUGGAAGUUUUGUGGAAGAGAACAAAAAUGGAACCCCUGUCCAAUUUGGUCACAGUCCACUUGCCACAUUACCUGCAAGGGCUUCCACUGCCGAAGAGCGUUGGAGGAUGGUUCAGACUGGGUGUGAAGGAUUGGGCAUCGCUCGUCCCUUUUUUUGCAGUAGUAGGAGGAUUGUCUUACACUGCUUAUAGGGCGGUAAAACCUCGAUUAGUUGUUAAUCCUUCAGUACAAAAGCACGAAGCCAAAGUUGUACAUAUAGCGAACAUAGAGGAUCUCGGCGAUUCGACUGCUUACUGCCGGUGUUGGAGAAGUAAAAAAUUCCCAUACUGCGAUGGCUCGCACGGUGCUCACAACGCUGAAACCGGUGACAACGUCGGCCCUGUCGUCGUCAAGAAAAAGUGAUUGUUUGAUAUUCUAACAAGUAGUGUCGGAUAAUUCAUUAUUACGAUUUAUUCUGUUAAAUAUUCUGUUUACCGGAGGAAAAGCUAUUUUGAGUCCGUACCAUUCGACAGUAUGAAAUGUCGGUUUGUUUUUCUUUUUUAACAUUUUUUAUAGGUCCUUUCAAUAAAUUGAUGACAAGUACAAUAAAUAAAGUGAUACGUAGAAUUUA